AUGUCGUCGGAUCAAGAGCACGUGGUCGUGUCCGCUUCGUCAUCGAGUGAAAGUUCGCCGUCGUGCUCGGCCGUAGCAAUACCCGCCUGUUUGAUUUGCGGUCUUCCGGCUCGUGGAAAUCAUUUCGGAAUCCUCUCAUGUCGUGCGUGUGCAGCAUUCUUUAGACGUUCGUGGGUUCUGAAACGAGAGUACAAAUGUCGGCUCAAGAAUGGAAAGUGUCAGGUUUUCGGAAAUGAUAGAUAUCAAUGCCGAGCUUGUCGCCUCCGAAAGUGCAAAGAAAUCGGAAUGUCGCCCGAGAACGUUCAAUUUGAAAGCACAUCUUCAUCUGAGAGCGAUGGACUACCGUAUGACGGCUCUUAUAGUUUGGAAAAGAUUUCGCCUCCACCAACGCAUUUGCCAAGAUCUCUUAAAAACUCGAAGAUUUACAUCGACGUGACGCCGACCAUAAACCGUCUUAAAACGAUUCUAUCAAGUAGCACCCCAUUCAAAUUGUCGUCGGAAUAUUUCGAAAUGAAUUCUCUCGAGAAAAUGCAAUUUGCUCUUUGGACUUAUCGAGCCGAAAGGAAGUUUAGCGAUUUGAAGUUUGAGCGAGUGAUUCAAGCUGAAGUUCCUGACAAAAAAUGGGAGAAUGAGUUGGUCCGUGUUGCUCUUUGGCUACUCCAUUCCGAAAGUUUUCGAAAACUCAACAUUGAAGAGAAAAUGACAAUAUUCAAAAAAGUGUGGGCUCGUUGGAGGAAAUUCGAAAAAUGGAUGAUCUCUGUUGACACAUUCGGCAAACGAGUAUACGAAGAUAGAUUGAUGGUUUGUUCCAAUUAUAAUGCUGUAAGUAUUGAUAAUAUUACAAUAGAUUAUUCGCCAAUUUCUGAUCGUCCUAAAGAGGAAAUGGAUAGACUUUUUGGUCAUCAAAUCCAACGAAUGUUCAAUGAAAUUGCCAAACCAUUGGCACUGAUUCAUCCAACCACUAUUGAAAUGACAUUCAUGUUAUGUCAGUUAGUUUUCAACGGAUUAGGUGUUGAAGUUGGCAUCGAUUCAGUUGAAGUUGUGAGCCAAGAAUUUUUGGAAGAAUUGAGCAACGAUCUCCACAAUUAUUAUACGACUGAAAAGAAGAAUCCUCACUAUGCUCUUCGCCUUCAAAAAAUGAUGAAUAUUGUGAAUCGUGUGAAGGCGAUUGAAAGAGAAAGAGAGGAAAUGAUGAAAUUAUGCAUGCUGUUCGAUGUCUUCAAAAUUCAGAUAUCGGAUCCAGAAUUACUAAUUUGUUAG